ACUGCGUGACCGUGGCACGUCAUGCGCAAACAACCGUUCAAAAUGGCGGCUGAUUACCGAUAAGGGAGCUUUUGUAUAUGGUUUCACCGAUUCCCUGCUUACUUCCCCUGAGUGCACUUGCGCAAACGAGGCCACAGCAUCUCAGAACUUAAACCUGGAGCCAUGUUUAAGAAUGAAUUCCAGGGAGGGCCGUUCGUGGAGGUGUUUAGCGCUCAGGGAAGAGAUCCUGUAUCCAAAUGGCGACUCUGUGGAAACGCGUCCACGGCGAAGAAAAUAUUCGACCGGGAUGUUAAAAGCUAUGUUUUUAUCCUCGAGGGAGAGUCCACUACUACGAAAAUGAGUAUUCCAAAAGAUGAGAAGCAAUCGCUGUUUCUUAUACAAAAAUAUCUGAUUCUACAACUCUUUGUACCUCUUGGUCAUUCGUUCUCGUUCGAGCUUGGCAUCACAGAUAUGGGCAAUAACAAACGAAGAAUCUUCAUGUCUUCAAGUCAUAGAGAAGUGACUGUUACACCACUUCAUGCCAGAUUUCCACUAAGCAUUCUUAGACUUGGCGUUUGGCUGAAUUUGUGUUUGGACUUAAACUCACUAGUUGGGGAGACAUUCAAAGGCCAAGCUUUCAAAGUGUUAGAAAGCUUAACUGUGUCGGCAAAUUGUCAUUUAAGAAAGAUUUUUACGAUGAAAACACAACCACCAGACACCACUGAUGACGAUAACCUUUAUGGAUCUCACACUAACAGUGGCGAGGUGGAAGCAAUACCAAAAGCAAUGCAGUUUACAACGAUCCCUGACUUACAACAUUACACCCAGGUCAUCAAUAUCACCAAGUUGCGACUGGCAGACCUUCAUGCGAGAGAAGUAGCAGGACUCCCCCCACCCUCUACCCCAACCAUCUCUGAGAUGGACAGUACUAAGCAAGAGGAAAGACAAACUCAUAUUGCUUUCGGCUCCAGAGUUGCUAUCCCUAAACAUGCUCGUAAACCAUCCAGGGAAGGCUCUUCUGUUGGCAGGUCCUCAUCCAACAUGCUGAACAGGAGCAGUUCUGUCACGCAGCUACGCUCUUCCUCUCCGCAUGACAUUGAUACUGCUAGAGACAAGGAUCAUAGGAUAAUUCCUUUUCAAAGGUCCAUGUCCGAUGCAAGUGAGAUUGAGAAUGUUAAAAGUCCACUAGAAGUUGAGGCUGUCCCAACAGCAAUUCAACCACGCCCACCUCGCACAGGGUCAGGCAAUAAGAGCUUGAGGAGACCUGUUAGAGUACGAGGGGGCAGUGGGGGCAAGGGAGGAAGAGGUUCUAGAAACAUGUCAACUUCAGAUCAACCUAGUUCUCAGGAAAAUACUUCAGGCUAUCGUCAAAAAAAGGAUUCAAUAUCUGAAGGCAGUGAGAAGUAUGAAAAAGACUCAGAUUCUUGUUCAGAAUCUAUUUCUAGAUCUCAAAGUGAGAGUUCAUUGAAAGCAUCAGGGAAUGACAGUAGUCUAGGAGAAAGCUUUAAAAAGUUGAACAUCAAUGGACAGAGACAAAAACCUGAGAAAUAUGGUACUUCAAUGUCUAAGCAGAAUGCAAUGUUUACGUUUGCAUCCAAACCCAGAAGAGCUCCUAGGUCACCCAGGGCGAGGAAAAACAGGAAAGAUGAUUUCGUGAGUAGUCCUGUUGAAAGCAAAACAAACAAUUUAAAGUCUCCAAAUAUUGUUGUCACUGCCGGCCCUGAUAUGAAGGCGUCCGAGUGCUCCCCCAAGCAGAGGGGAAGGAAGGAGAGUGAAAGAUCUGAAUAUGAGGAGGAUUUCUAUCGUGCAUCUGGGGAGAGCUCAGAAGAAGAGGACCUGCAGAAGCUACUAAAGACUAGUAGUGCCUCUCGUACAAGCUCUAGAGGGUCGCGGCGCAGCCCAUUUGACACCCCAGAACCACCUCAGACACCUCAUGUGCUGCGAACCAGCAUCAAGAGCAGUCUGCUGAAAGAGAUCCCUAAAGCAUCACUACCAGUCAAGAGUUAUGACUCCAAAGCCUACCAAUCAACUGCUAGCUCAUGGAGAAAUUACCAGUCAGAGGCUGGGAGCUCAUGGCGCUUUGACACCUCAGACUCCAGCAGCUCUCUACUGGAUCAGUCUCUCAACAGCUCGAUCGGAGAUCAUGUCUUUCAUGGUGACCACCAUGGCAGUAACGGGCUGGGUAAACCUGGCAGGGUCAUCCAUGUUGAUGGCGAAUCAUCGGAUGAUAGUGAUGAAAGUUGUAGCACGUGGAAGGUGCCACCCCCUCCGAGUCACAGGGUGCAUCGUUAUCAGGACGAGAUGAUGCAUCCAGGCUCUGAGCCAGACCUGUCUGCUACUCUGCCUAUGGACCCCAGGGCCUAUACUGAUGUAUUUAGCCCGCCUAUUAUCAUGCCUAGCGAAAAGCUGUCAGAUCAUGGCAGUCAGAAUUUCAUCACCUCUGCCUUAUCCCCCUCAAACAGCAUGAACCAGAACACCCAGCCAAGAAGUCAUAACCACAGCAUAAGCUCUGAUCACAGUGAACACAAGGACAAUGAACUGGAGUUAGACCUGCUGUAUGAUCCAUGUCUAAAUUGCUACUUUGACCCUAAGACAAACAAAUAUUACGAGCUUGCCUAGGUCAAACAGGCAUUUUAGGGUUUUUAGAAAAAGUAUACACUGGGGGGGGGGGGGGGGUAUUUAGAAAAAGAUUGUUAAGGAGUAAUUUUGCCCUCACUUUUUAUUUGAAUAUCGAUAGUUAUUCUUUCUCAAAACAUUAACAGCCUUCUGCUGUCAUAAGCAGAUGUCUGUUGGGUGUUUUGCUCAUCUACUUACAAGGAAGGAAACUAAUUUUUAAAGAGCUUAAACUUUGUAAAGGCUAUUCAGAGACUGAAACAGUAUACUGUUGUGGCUCUUUGAAUGUACAUAACAUUUGUAUUACAUCAAAAGUACUUAGAGAGAACAUGUCUUAUUCAUCUUAGAGGGGUAGUACUUAUGUGCUGAUUUAAUUUAUUAGUCCAAAAGUGUAAAUUAUACCAUGUUCUAUAAAUCCAUUAAAACCACAACCCUUGCAUGGAAAAAA